UUUGAAGCUGUUCCGUCUCCAGAUUCAGUCCUCAUCCACUCAACACAUUCACUGACAAACUCACACGCUCACACCGGGUCAUCUGAUUGUGACAUCAGUUGCAAGGGGAUGACCGAGCGCAUUCACAGCAUCAACCUUCACAACUUCAGCAAUUCUGUGCUCGAAACCCUCAACGAGCAGCGCAACCGUGGCCACUUCUGUGACGUGACGGUCCGUAUCCACGGGAGCAUGCUGCGUGCCCACCGCUGUGUGCUGGCCGCUGGCAGCCCCUUCUUCCAGGAUAAGCUGUUGCUGGGCUAUAGUGACAUUGAGAUCCCCUCGGUGGUAUCAGUCCAGUCCGUUCAAAAACUCAUUGAUUUCAUGUACAGCGGGGUUCUACGGGUCUCCCAGUCAGAAGCCCUGCAGAUCCUUACCGCCGCCAGCAUCCUCCAGAUCAAGACCGUGAUCGAUGAGUGCACACGGAUUGUUUCACAGAAUGUUGGUGAUGUCUACCCGGUGAUUCAGGACUCUGGCCAGGAGACACCCAGGGGGACCCCUGAGUCAGGCACCUCGGGGCAAAGCAGUGACACAGAGUCUGGCUACAUACAGAGUCAUUCCCAGCACAGUGUAGACAGGAUCUACUCAGCCCUCUAUGCGUGCUCCAUGCAGAAUGGCAGUGGGGAGCGCUCCUUCUACAGUGGAGCUGUGGUUAGCCAUCAUGAGACAGCCCUGGGGUUGCCCAGAGAUCACCACAUGGAAGACCCCAGCUGGAUCACCCGGAUUCACGAACGCUCCCAACAGAUGGAGCGGUACCUUUCCACCACUCCAGAGACUACCCACUGCCGGAAGCAACCACGCCCUGUCCGGAUCCAGACCCUGGUGGGGAACAUCCACAUUAAGCAAGAGAUGGAGGAUGACUAUGACUACUAUGGCCAGCAGAGGGUGCAGAUCCUGGAACGCAACGAGUCAGAGGAGUGCACAGAAGACACAGAUCAGGCAGAAGGCACCGAAAGCGAGCCCAAGGGGGAGAGCUUUGACUCAGGGGUCAGCUCCUCCAUUGGCACAGAACCGGACUCUGUCGAACAGCAGUUUGUAACUGGGAUUGGCCGAGAGGGUCAGCCAGAGCCUUCUCAGACCGAGCCAACUGAUCUCCCCACAGAAGGGGGCCAGCAGCCACCCCAGCCCCAGCAGCACCCAGAUGCCAAUUCCUCUUCCCCAGAGAGGAACAAUGAUGUGGAGAUGGACAGUACCGUGCUCACAGUUAGCAACAGCACUGAGAAAGGAGUCCUGCAGCCUUCAGUCAACACAUCGAUUGCCCAACCAUUGCCAAGUACCCAGCUCUAUCUUCGCCAGACAGAAACCCUCACCAGCAAUCUGAGGAUGCCCCUGACCUUGACCAGCAACACACAGGUCAUUGGCACAGCCGGCAACACUUAUCUGCCGGCCCUCUUCACUACACAGACCGCAGGCAGCGGCCCCAAGCCUUUUCUCUUCAGCCUGCCCCAGCCCUUAGCAGGCCAGCAGACCCAGUUUGUGACAGUGUCCCAGCCUGGCCUGUCAACUUUUACUGCCCAGCUGCCAGCCCCACAGCCCCUGGCCCCAUCUGCAGGCCACAGCACAGCCAGUGGGCAGGGGGAAAAAAAGCCUUAUGAGUGCACUCUCUGCAACAAGACUUUCACCGCCAAACAGAACUACGUUAAGCACAUGUUCGUACACACAGGUGAGAAGCCCCACCAAUGCAGCAUCUGUUGGCGUUCCUUCUCCUUGAAGGAUUAUCUAAUCAAGCACAUGGUGACACACACAGGCGUGAGGGCCUACCAGUGCAGUAUCUGCAACAAGCGCUUCACCCAGAAGAGCUCCCUCAAUGUCCACAUGCGGCUCCACCGAGGGGAGAAAUCCUAUGAGUGCUAUAUCUGCAAGAAGAAGUUCUCCCACAAGACCCUGCUAGAGCGCCACGUGGCCCUGCACAGUGCCAGCAAUGGCACCCCACCCACUGGCACAGGUCCUGGUGCCAGAGCCGGCCCCACCGGGGUGGUGGCCUGCACGGAGGGGACCACUUACGUCUGCUCCGUCUGCCCAGCUAAGUUUGACCAAAUCGAGCACUUCAACGACCACAUGAGGAUGCAUGUGUCUGAUGGAUAAGUAGUAUCUUUCUCUCUUUCUUAUGAACAAAACAAAACAAAACAAAACAAAACAAAAAAAAAAAAGCUAUGGCACUAGAAUUUAAGAAAUGUUUUGGUUUCAUUUUUACUUUUUUUGUUUUUGUUUUUGUUUUUGUUUCGUUUCAUUUUCUACUACAUGAAGAACUGUUUUUUGCCUGCUGGUACAUUACAUUUCCGGAGGCUGGGUGAAUAAUAGUUUUCCCAAUCUCCCUUGGAUGGUGGCCUUAAGGCCCGGUAGUGCUUCAGGAGGUCCACUGGUUGGAUCUCUAGCUACUGGCCUCUAAAUACAACCCUUCUUUACAAAAAAUUUUUUAAAAAAUUAAAAAAAAUUUUUUUUCACUUGUGAAGAGCACUACAAAAAAAAAUAUAUAACAAAAUCUAAAAGGCCUACUGUCUUUAAGUACACCGCUUGCAGUGUUUCAGAGGACAUUUUCAUAAUUCUGGCCGUUUGGACUUCACAGUAUCCAGUUAAAACUGUGGAAUAUCACUUCUGGUUUUGAAACCCCAGAAAAAAGGCCCUGCUGGUUUCCACCCACCACAUUGUCCGCUUUCACAAAAGGGCUGUGAGGGUGGGAAGGGAGUAUGGGUUGGGUGGUGUGGGAAUCUUUGCAGUGUGGGAAAGGCUGAUUACAGGCUCUCCUCCUGGAUUCUACUCCAGUCCACGAUCCUUGGCCCUUCUCUCCAUCCCCCCCUUUCAGCAGAAGCCAGGAAGACUUGGACAGCCAACAAGCAACAGUGGCUAUCGUAUUUAUUCUGUGUGUCUUCUUCGCUGAGCCAGGGCCUCAGCACAAUCAAAAGGGACUUUCAUGAAAAGCAGGAAUACAAAUAAAACAAAGAUAUCAGAGUUUGCACCUAUGGUUCUAGGUACAAGAGAAGGAUUAUUUCCCACAAUCUUUGCAAAAAAAAAAAAAAAAUGUGUCAGGAUAUAUUCUUGUGGAGGAGGAAAAGGAAGUGGAGGGAGGGGGAAUAACAGAAUUCUUAAGACUUUUUUAAUUCAAAAUUUUAUAGAGGGGCAAAAAGUGACGUUUACCAGAUAGAAUGCUGAUUUUUUUUUAAUAUAUUUACAACAGUAUUUGUGUAAAAAAGAAAACAAAAAAAGUGAGAUUGUUAAAAGUAAUUUGGUUUUUUUUUUUCAUUUUGGUUUUGCAUACACUGCCACUAAUCCCUUCUCUUUUAUUUCUCAUUAUAAAUAUAUACCUUUUUUUU